ACUUUUCUUCCUCAAAACAUAACCUCUCAAAUCUUUAUCCUUUCUCUUCCCUUUGUUUGUCGAGGAAAACGAAGAAAGAAAAUUUUCCCAAACAUGUCGUUACUCAGCAGCCAUACCAUCCUUCCCCGACCUUUACUCCACCUUCCUCCCCGAAACCCUAACUUCCCAAUCUUCACCUUCAAACCCAUCUUCCUUCCCCUUUCUCCUCCCAUUAAACCCUCAAACUCCGUCUCCAAACCCCCCAAAUUUAUCCCUUUAGCUUCCAUUUCUGCACCCCCGGCAACACCCUGCAAAUCCCCCGAAAUCCCAGCUCUGUCCCCACUCAACGGUUCAACUCGAACCCUCAAAACCCUUUUCUCCUUGGCCCUCUCCGCCACCAUCGUCUUCACCAAAAUGAUCCAAAAUUAUGCUCUCAAAACAAUCUCCCAGAACCCCAACGCACUUUCCACCGUGGGCCCUCUCUUCUUCGCUUCCUUAAAGGACCGCCCUAGCGGAUACCUCAACACGCCUUUGACUGUGGUUGCGGCGGGAUUAGCUAAGUGGCUUGACAUUUACAGUGGGGUUUUGAUGGUUAGGGUUUUACUCAGUUGGUUCCCUAACAUUCCCUGGGACCGGCAGCCCCUUUCGGCUAUUAGGGAUCUAUGUGAUCCUUAUUUGAAUCUCUUUAGGAAUAUAAUUCCGCCGAUUUUCGACACCUUGGAUGUUAGCCCGCUUCUAGCUUUCGCCGUGUUGGGGACUCUCGGCUCGAUUCUCAAUAACAGUAGAGGAAUGUAUUGAUUGCUUGCGCCGAGGGAGAGUGAGUAAAGAAAAUGAUAAUUCAAGUUUUAGCAUUAGAUUAUCUAUUUUGACUAUUUAAAACUUUUAUUCUCGAUUAUCUUACGGUAUAAUUCGGAAUUCUUGAGCAUGGUUCGUAUAUUAAAAUUUUGGUUGAUUUAUUGGAA